CUGCAUGACUCCUCUGCGCCGCUCCCUCGACCCACGCCAAUCUCGACCCUCACCCCAGCGGUGAUUUCGCAGUACGGGUGUAUGGGAGUCGUUGGUGCGAAUGGGACAGCGUUGGUGCUGUGUCGAAGGCAAGGAAAGGAGCAGACGGUGGAGUUUGUGUUUUCUUUUUCUCCGGCUUGAUUUGGCUAUGUUCAUGGUUGUGUACUGUUUGUUGGUGUUACGGGAUUUCAGGACGCAUGGAGAUGUUUUGGCCGGCGGUUGGUCUGCUGUGGCGCUUGUUCUGUUUGAACUAAUGCGCUGCAUUGUAGUGAUGGGAUUCUGUCCGGGAUACACUGUAGCAUUUGGGUUCAGCUUGUCCACUUCGGGAAUGCAGCAAUACAAGAGUAUGAGGUUCAGGUUCUUGUCUUCCUUGUUGAGCGUGACGUGUGGUGGGCGUUUUUCGCUCCGGUCCGUUUGAUUGCCUGUCGUAACCGCUUGCUUCUGCCCUGUGUGAUG